AUGAUUUAUUGUCCUUCAGGAAAAUUAGGGGAGUUCUCAAUUAAAUUCUCGACGAUUGCUUUGAUUGUGCAGGAAACAAGGUUGAAGACAAUUGCGGGGCAGUGCUUAGAUGGAAUCUCUGAGCUGGAACGGGGAUCUCGCAUUUUGGAUCAGUGCACGAUGGAUCGCUACCGAAAAAUCAUAGUUUAUAAAACGGCGUAUUAUAGUUUUCAUUGUCCCAUGAUCAGCGGGAUGCUGUUGGCAGGAGAAGACGAUUCUGAGCUUAUUGCUGCUGUCGGGAAGGUGCUUCUUCGCAUUGGCGAAUACUUCCAGACGCAAGACGACUACUUGGACUGUUACGGUGACGUGUCUGUAACGGGAAAGGUCGGUACUGACAUUCAAGACGGGAAAUGCACUUGGCUGCUGGUCAAGGCGCUAGAGAUUGCUGACCAGGCUCAAAAACAGAUCCUCGAGGAGAAUUAUGGACAGAAAUCGACCGAGUGCGUCGGGAAAGUGAAGCAAGUGUACGAAGAAUUGAAUAUUCAAGACGCGUUCAAGUCGUACGAGGAGCGGACGUUGAACGAGCUGAGGAACUCGAUUUGUUCCUUUGACGCGGGGGAAACGGUUUCUAUGCUCUUGCGUUCCAUUUUGAAUUUGAUCAAGCGAAGGGAUUGUUGA